AUGAAGUUCGAGGCAUCCAUCCUUCUCGCCACUUUGGCCGCUUCCACUGUCGCCGCCCCGGCACAGCUCCACUCUGCUAAGCGAUGGGUCCAAACCGAUGGCACCCAGAAGAUGCCCGCCCACUUUGUCGCUUCUGUGCGCCAGAUCGCCCACGAGAAGAUGAGGACUAAGCGCCAACUUGAUCAACUCCUAGGAGGGUUGACAGGUGGAGCAGGAGGGGCAGGAGGUGCUGCUGGCGGUGUAACUGACCUUCUCGGUGGAGCUGCCGGUGGUGCUGGAGGAGCUGCCGGCGCAGGCGGCAUUGCUGACCUUAUCGGCGGUGCUGCAGGUGGCGCGGCUGGAGGAAAUGCGCCGGCCGCUGCUGGCAAUGCUGCUGGCAAUGCUGCUGGCAAUGCUGCGGGCGGAAAGGCCUCUGGCACUAAGGGAGCUGCUGGUGCUAAGGCUUCGCCUUCUGCUGCUGCGGGCAUAACUGGCGCCACAGGUGCUACAGGAGCCACAGGCGCAACUGGUGCUACAAGUGCUGCCGGCGCUAACGGUUCUGGCGUUACUGGCGGCAACAACUCCACCUCCACCGCUACAGGUGCGACUGGAAAUGGUCGUGGAAAUGGUCAGACCGCUGGCGCUGGCACAGCCGGUACCGGCAAUACUCAAACAGGUGCUGGUACUACAGGUACGACAGGUGCUGGUCAGACCCAACAGGGUGCUGGCACAGCCGGCGGCGCAACCGGCAAUGGCCAGACUGGAUCCACCGGCACUGCAGGAACCACCGGAUCUCAAGGCACCGGCGCUACAGGUACUACAGGCACUGCAGGCACUCAGGGUGGCGCUGGCACUGCUGGUACCGCAGGUACUGCUGGACAAGGGCAGACAGGGACCACUGGCACUACAGGAACUGGCUCCACUACCGGCGCAGCUGGCACCGCAGGAACAGCAGGAACAGCAGGAACAGCAGGAACAGCAGGAACAGCAGGACAAGGACAGACAGGCACUACAGGAACAGCAGGAACAGCAGGACAAGGACAGACAGGCACUACAGGAACAGCAGGAACAGCAGGAACAGCAGGAACAGCAGGACAAGGACAGACAGGCACUACAGGCACAACCGGAACCACAGGCGCCGCAGGAACCGCAGGACAAGGACAGACAAGCACUACAGGCACAACCGGAACCACAGGCACUGGCUCUACCACAGGCACAGCAGGCACCGCCGGCCAGGGACAGACUGGAUCUACCGCUCAGCAAGGAACAGGCGCCGCUGCCGGACAAGGCCAGACCACCACCGGCACCAACUCGCAAACUGGUACGGGCGCCACUACAGGCUCUAAUUCGCAAACCGGCACCGGUGCUACAACCGGCACUGGCGCGACCACAGGCACCGGCGCGACCACAGGCACCGGAGCUGGCGUGGCUACUGGCGCUGGCGCAUCGACUAGUGCUGGUGCAGCCACCGGUGCUGGGGGCAAGAAGGCACAGUCUUCUGCCGGUGCUGCUGACUCCGCUCUUGCUGACUCUCAAGAGGAGGACUGAAUAGUCCGUAGAAAGGGAAGACGGGCUUGUACAAUCGAGCCGAUGGCUUGAGCUAGUAUGCUGAAGAAGCUGUUAAGAUGACAAUGAUCUGAUUUUAAUGGAUCAAAAAGGGCAGUGGAU